GCGAGCGUCCUCGCGCCGGUGACGCCAGCCCACGCCAUAUGCGGCUCCUCCCCAACGGCAGGCUGGUGUAAAGAUGGCGUCCAUCAUGGAGGGGCCGCUAAGCAAGUGGACUAACGUCAUGAAAGGUUGGCAGUAUCGUUGGUUUGUUUUGGACUACAAUGCCGGCUUGCUGUCAUACUACACGUCAAAGGACAAGAUGAUGCGAGGAUCCAGAAGAGGCUGUGUGCGACUCAGGGGAGCUGUGAUCGGCAUUGAUGACGAGGACGACAGCACAUUCACCAUCACUGUGGACCAGAAGACUUUCCAUUUCCAAGCCCGAGAUGCGGACGAGCGGGAGAAGUGGAUCCACGCCUUAGAGGGAACUAUUCUCCGUCACACCCUCCAGCUCCGGGAGGCUGAGACAGGAUUUGUUCCGAGCGUUCAAGACUUUGACAAGAAACUAGCCGAAGCAGACGCCUACCUACAGAUUCUGAUUGACCAGUUGAAGCUGUUUGAUGAGAAGAUCAAGGACUGCAAAGAGGAUGAAUCGCGCAGAAAAAUAGAGAAUCUGAAAGAUACUACUUGUAGUAUGGUAGAGUCCAUUAAGCACUGUAUCGUUCUGCUGCAAAUUGCCAAGAGCACCAUCAACCCAGUGGAUGGGAUCUUCCAGCCACCCCUGGACACCCCUGUAGUUAACACCACAAUGCCAACACAGACAACACUACCCACAGACGCUUCUCAGGUGUGUAAAUCAGACCAACGACCAUCCACGCUACCUGUUGGUCCUGUUGUCACGGUGAUGGGAAGUCUGCAGACCCCGACUCCCAACAGCACAGGGAGUGGCCCGUCCGGCCCCAGCAGCGGCCUGGCCUCCCCCGCCCACAUCCCCCUGCCCUCACACUCAGUGCCAGACUUCUCCUACUCCUCCAGCGAGGACGAGUUUUACGACGCCGACGAGUUUUACCAGAGCAGCACUUCCCCCAAACACUGCAAAGAUCCCUCGGGGCCCCCUGCUGCCUCGCCCAAUGCUAAUGAUGGGACCGCAUUGAAACGGCCCAACACCACCGAGUCUCUCAACUCCUCCAUGUCCAACGGAACCACAGAUGCAGAUCCGUUUGAUAGCCACGAUGACCGCGACGAUGACGGCGAGGGGGAGUCUGUGGAAGAGCACAAAAGCGUCAUCAUGCAUCUGCUCUCUCAAGUCCGUCUGGGCAUGGACCUCACAAAGGUGGUCCUGCCCACCUUCAUCCUUGAGAGGAGGUCUUUAUUAGAAAUGUACGCAGACUUUUUUGCGCAUCCUGACUUAUUUGUAAGCAUCGCUGAGCAGCCGGAGCCCAGAGAGAGGAUGGUUCACGUGGUAAAGUGGUACCUGUCAGCCUUCCAUGCAGGGAGGAAAGGCUCAGUGGCCAAGAAACCGUACAACCCCAUCCUGGGGGAAGUCUUCUACUGCCAUUGGGAUCUCCCCAUCGACAUUGAAGAACCCUCUCAACCCGUGGAGACUUCAUCAGACGGUCCGGUUCCCUGGUCUUCAUCCAACAGCGUGCGUUUUGUGGCAGAGCAGGUCUCUCACCACCCACCCAUUUCUGCAUUCUAUGCAGAGUGUUUAAGUAAGAAGAUCCAGUUCAAUGCCCACAUCUGGACUAAGUCUAAGUUUCUUGGAAUGUCCAUCGGUGUCCAUAACAUUGGUCAAGGCUGCGUGUCCUGUUUGGAGCAUGAUGAACACUACAUUCUCACCUUCCCCAAUGGAUACGGCAGGUAUGUGUUCCCAAACGAGCCGCUGUGGGACUGUGUGUCCGCCCGUCUGACCCCAGCCUGCCCUCUCAGGUCCAUUCUGACGGUGCCGUGGGUGGAGCUGGGCGGCGAGUGCAACAUCUCCUGCUCCAAGUCCGGUUACAGCGCCAACAUCGUGUUCCACACCAAACCCUUCUACGGCGGGAAGAAGCACCGAGUCACCGCGGAAAUUUUCCCACCGAAUGACAAGAAGUCGUUCUGCUCCAUUGAAGGAGAAUGGAACGGAGUGAUGUACGCCAAGUGGGCGACCGGAGAGAACACGGUGUUUAUAGAUACAAAGAGAAUUGGCAUUAUUAAGAAGAAAGUGAGGAAACUGGAGGACCAGCUGGACUAUGAGUCACGAAGGUUAUGGCGAGAUGUGACACUUAACCUGAAGCUAAAAGACAUCGAUGCAGCAACGGACGCCAAACACCGGUUGGAGGAGAAACAAAGAGCCGAAGCCAGAGAGCGGAAAGAGCAGGAGCAGCAGUGGGAGACUAGGCUGUUCCAUGAGGACGGGGAGUGUUGGGUCUACGAUGAGCCGCUACUAAAGAGAUUAGUCUCUCAGAGGCACUGAGGAGACCACGCCACACCGAUAAACAUGCAUACAAAUGAAUAAAGAAAUGCACACCCAAGAGUCUUCAUAAGAACUCUUUUGCAAAAACCACUUCUUAUCCAAGCCUUGGAAUGACUGAUGAUUGAAUAUGUUCACUGCUUUGCAUUUGACUGUAAAACAUUAUGGAAAUGAAUGAAAACAUCAAAGAUGUAACAUUAGUAGAGCUCCUCUCCUUAUGUGGACAAUCUCUCCUCCACCACCACCUAUACCGGCCACCUGCCAACGGACUCUUCAGCACAGAGCGGACGCCACAGUGGACGCUCCUCGUCUCCCGGCUCACCACCUCAACACCUCUACGAGACCACCCAGAGCAGCACUCCUUUCCCUGCAUACAUAUCUGGUUCUCUUUUUUUUCCUUCCUUCCUUGUUUUUCUUCAGGGGGGCCAAGAGAUCUGUAGUUGAUGGUGUUCAGCUCAAGUAAAGCUUGACAAGUAAAACAGCUCUCUACAUCUCAGGGAAUCUUGUGACUGAGGAAAGAAAGCUGCUGCCCCCUUUCAAGAGUCUGACAGCCUUAUAACAGUGGAGCGUAUGGAUCUUAAUGGGGCGGGAGAGAUGUUCUCUGCUUGCCUGCUAUAAGUUAUAACUGAUGUUUAUAUAUAGAUAUACAUAUGAUGGAUAUAUAAAUAUAUAUUCUUCUUAUUUUCAUUGCUUAAUUUUUUUUUGUUUUUCUUUCUGGCAAUAGUGUAAAAUAUUGGAGGAUUAUGAACUUGACUGAUGGCUUUACAUCAUUAGGAAUCAUUCCAUUUAGUUUGUGUUUUGUUCCCAUUUCUAACGUUUUGCCCUACGCAAGCCAUGACGGUAAAACACCCCGACCGGGAGAUGAGAUAGAUUUAAAGAAUAUAUGCAAUUCAGAUCAAAAUUGAAAUGUCAACGAAGCCAAAAAGGUUUAGAGAAAAGGCUAAAGGGACUGUGAUCUGGUCAAAGCAUUCUCUGAUGAGGUUCUGGUGUUACCUGAACGCAUUUAUGAACAAAAUGAUUGUUUACAAGUGUUUGUGUUUCUGCACAGCUAUAACUGAGUCUGUAAAGUCUCCCUCGUGCUCUGCACACCACCUGUCUUUGUUUCUCCUGGUGUCGGUGGAUCUUCUCAUGAGAAACCAGAGCAGACCUUUUUGACACAGCGGCAUUGCAUACUUUGUUCUACUUGUUUGGUCCUUUUGUAGAUUUUUAACAUUUUUUUCCAUGGUUAAGAACCACAUGGAGGGCAAUGUCUAUCCUGCUGUUCACCUGCUUAGUUUGGGUCUAAAUGCAAUGGAAUUUGAAUAGUCCGUGGAGAAAAUAAAAAAAAACACCAGUUUAGUGGAAAGGGGUAGACUAUAGUAAGUGCAAACCAGACCCUCCUUUUUUGUGUUAAAGAUUUUAUUAUUCCUUCAUUGGUGAUCACGUUAAGUAUGCUAAAUAAAUGAUGAAAACAUUUUAAACGAUUUAAUCUGGUGAAGGGAUCUUGCGAAGAUAUACAUUCUGCUGGUGCUGUAUUUAAAGAUAGUCAAAUAAUUGUUAUAAUUCCCAGCUGAUUAGUCCCACAAAAGCAAACAAAAAUGCCUUUGGAUGUUUGCCAAUUGAAACAUAAUUUAUAACUCAAAAUGUGGCUUUGAUUUUCUUCUUUUUUCCCCUCGUUAUGUUUUUGUAUAACCUACUGAAUAGAGGCCUUGCCAUUCAUUUCAGUAUUGCCUGGUAGAGAGCAAUCAUAACAAAUGUAUUUUUUAUUUCCUUCUCAUCUUAACCAUUGAUUGUAUCCAAUUCUCCUGUUUAUUGAUGCAUAAUAUUAAAUCUUCAUGAGUUGA